GAGGAUCCAGGCUAACUUCGGCAAAACACACCCAAACUCUCGCACGUGUCACGGUCGUUUCAACUAAUCGUCGUUUUCGCGUGGCGGCAGUGAAUGGAAGUAAAUGCGAGGAUUAGUAAAUGACUUUGCACGAAUAUUUUCUCUUAAAAAACAAGUUCGCGCGAAAUUUCCUGUUGCACGCGGUCGUAUAUCGAAGUGUUAAUAUAAAACUCGACAUUUGAAUGAAGUGCUCUUGAACGGAAAUAAUUGCAGAUUUAUAAUUGUCAUAUCUCCCAGUAGAGGACUGCUGGGAGAUCACGAUUAAUCACGAUUAACUUUGAAUUCCCGUCAGCAACAAUCUCUUUCGGUUUGAAAGAAGAACAACGAGAAAUUUUUGCGAAAGUGGAUUAAGGAGCACUUUGAUGUGAUAUUAAAUUGUGAGCUUCCAAACGAUGGAAACUGAUAAGAAAAGAUUUAGAACAACAAGAAUGUCACAGAAGUCAAAUUCAGGAAAUGUUGAUCCAGUUAUGUGGUCGGAUGUAGCCAGCCGCAUUUUAAUGAAUGCAGUCUGUCAUCCUAUUGAAUAUGCCAAAGUUCUAAUACAACUUGGCUAUGAACCUAUUCCUCCAAAACCAACUACAACAUUGUUUGGAAAACCUGCACUAAAACUGCCCAAUGUCUUUGCAUAUAUUAAACAUAUAAAAAAUGUAGAUGGUUUCACGGGUUGCUACAGAGGUUUGAUGCCAAAGUUAUGUUCCUAUACAGUUAGUAUAGUAGCAUGCGACAAAACUUUGGAGUAUUUGCAGAAGAACUCGCCACAAGAUAAUAAUGAAGAUGAGGAAGAUGAAAGAGUUAGAUGCAAGAAAUGUAUGCGAGAAAUUAUAUGGGAUAUAAUCAGUAGGACAGUUGCAAUCAUAGUCAGUCAUCCUCUGGAAGUUGUUUCAUUAAGAAUGAUGGCACAGUUUGUUGGCGGAGAGAAGCAAUAUAGUAGUCUGUUGGGAUCAUUGUUGGAAAUCUACAGAGAAAAUGGAAUAUUAGGAUAUUAUGCGGGAGUGGUACCACGCAUCAUAGGAAGUGCUGCAGUUAUUUUAAUAGCUGGUGUAUCUACAUACGCUAUAAAUAAUUAUGUUAUACAGGAGCAGACGAUAAAACCAUAUACCUCGUCACUAACAAUAUUCCUAGCCACUACCGCUACAUAUCCGUUUUUGGUAGUGUCACAUUGCAUGGCAGUAAAUAAUUGUGGUUUGAUGGCCGGCCUACCACCGCACAUGCCGGUUUACAAGAACUGGGUACAUUGUUGGGCUCAUCUGUCGGCGCAUAACCAGCUAAAACGAGGGAGCAGCAUGUUAUGGCGCUAUUACACGGGACCGCACAUGUUAUUGAAUGGCAAACUGAUACCAAUUAUGGGUGAUAAUUUCUAUCAGCCUAGUCCUUAAUGAGUUUUUCAAGUAAGUGAGUAAAUUUGUUACAAAGCAAAAUAAGCCAAACUUCGUUGUUACAAGUCAAACAAAUGUCGACCAAUAGUUUCACUUUUUAUUUAUGUAACGUAUAGUAUAUAUAUAUACAUAUUAUGUAGGAAAAGGCAGAAAAAGAAAAGAAAGUUUGAUGGCAACGAAUUUCUACAGGAAAAUCAUAGAGUUCUUUAUGUGUAGGAGACACGAUCAAUAUAGCUUUCAGUAUGUACAUUUGUGAUAAAAACUGACUAUACAUUUUAUAGCUUUGACUGCGCUCAAAGUUAAACAUUAGGCUCAAAACAAUGACUGAAACCAUGGAUCAGAUCUCUUCACAAUAUCUUGUAAAUAAACUCCGUAAUGCACAAUAAAAGGAGAUGCUAGAAGAAG